AUGGCGACCAAGGUGGAGGUCAGAGCCAGGGGCCCCCCAGGAACAAAGGAGCAUCUCCUAGCCGUGACUCGGAACUACAUCACCCACCCAAGGCUGACGUACCGAACUGUGUGUGGGGUGAAUGGACCCCUGGUGGUCCUGGGCAAUGUGAAGUUCGCCCAGUAUGCGGAGAUCGUCAACUUCACCCUCCCAAAUGGCACCCAGCGGAGCGGGCAGGUACUAGAAGUGGCCGGUUCAAAAGCCAUCGUCCAGGUGUUUGAAGGGACUUCUGGGAUUGACGCACACAAGACAUCCUGCGAGUUUACCGGGGACAUUCUCCGCACACCCGUGUCUGAGGAUAUGCUGGGCCGAGUCUUCAACGGUUCGGCGAAGCCGAUUGACAGAGGCCCCGUUGUGAUGGCCGAGGACUUCUUGGACAUUAAUGGGCAGCCCAUCAAUCCUCAAGGACGCAUCUACCCGGAAGAGAUGAUCCAGACGGGGCUUUCCCCCAUCGAUGUCAUGAACAGCAUUGCCAGAGGACAAAAGAUUCCGAUCUUCUCAGCGGCUGGUCUCCCCCACAAUGAGAUCGCAGCUCAGAUCUGCAGGCAGGCUGGGCUGGUGAAGAAAUCAAAAGACGUAGUGGAUUACCACGAGGAUAACUUCGCCAUAGUCUUCGCUGCCAUGGGGGUGAACAUGGAAACGGCUCGGUUCUUCAAGUCGGACUUUGAGGAGAAUGGGUCCAUGGAGAACGUCUGCCUCUUUCUCAACUUGGCCAACGACCCCACGAUCGAGCGCAUCAUCACGCCCCGCCUGGCUCUGACCACCGCGGAGUUCCUGGCCUAUCAGUGUGAGAAGCACAUCCUGGUGAUCUUGACCGACAUGAGCUCGUAUGCUGAGGCUCUGCGGGAGGUCUCUGCGGCCAGAGAGGAGGUGCCUGGACGACGGGGAUUUCCAGGCUACAUGUACACUGACUUGGCCACCAUCUAUGAGCGGGCAGGACGGGUGGAGGGCAGGAAUGGCUCCAUCACGCAGAUACCCAUCUUGACGAUGCCCAACGAUGAUAUCACCCAUCCCAUUCCUGAUUUAACCGGCUUCAUCACUGAAGGGCAAAUUUAUGUGGACAGACAGCUUCACAAUAGGCAGAUCUACCCUCCCAUCAACGUGCUGCCAUCUCUCUCCCGCUUGAUGAAAUCCGCUAUUGGAGAAGGCAUGACGCGGAAGGACCAUGGGGACGUUUCCAAUCAACUGUACGCGUGCUAUGCUAUUGGCAAGGAUGUUCAGGCCAUGAAGGCUGUGGUGGGGGAAGAGGCCCUGUCCGCCGAUGACCUUCUCUAUUUAGAGUUCCUGCAGAAGUUUGAGAAGCAGUUCAUUGCACAAGGUGCCUAUGAGAAUAGGACCAUCUUUGAGUCUCUGGACAUUGGCUGGCAGCUGCUCCGGAUCUUCCCCAAAGAGCUGCUGAAACGGAUCCCAGAAAGUAUCUUGUCUGAGUAUUACCCACGUGAGGCCAAAGGGAACCCAAACUCUGACACGGCCCUCUGAAUCCCAGCCUGUCCAGACCCCAAGUCAGGGGAGAUCUGUGCUCAGCCUUGGUCUGGCAGAUGGGGGCACAACUCUCAGGAGGUGAAGACGCUGUUUCUUGCAUGGAAUCAGACCCGAAUUCAGUUUUGCAAAGGUUCCUGCCUUCCAUACUCUUCAUUCUGUGCUUGUCAGCUCUGCAGAAACACUGCCCACUUUCUUUUCUUGUUGUGUAAGAAUUGGUUAUGCGUGGUGUCCUGAUUCAAAAUAAAAGUGAAAUCCUUUGAACAAG